GUCCUGCACUCGCCAUCACACGCAUAUCCCAUCCUCGUAUCCUUCCGAGAGUAUCCAUUGCCCUCAUGUCGCCCGUCAACAGCGUCUGCUUCUAGAGUCGGUCAAGAUUCACAAUGGGCGUGGACACCCGACGACCACCCCUCCCGGCGCCCACUGAACCCUCGACUCUCAGUUCCGUAGACAACGACACUACCCUGCGAGACGACAUCGACACCAACGUCUCCGCGCGCACCGACAAGACCUCGUACUCCAUCCCGGAAGACGGCACGCCCGUCACCAUCAACACCACUAAGCGAGAGGGCGGCGUCCACAAGAAGUAUCCCUCGCAGACCUCACUGCUGAUCGAGUACUUCGAAGGCGGAAAGGCCGAAGUCAAAGGCAAAGUCCACUCGCGCCCGAGCGUCCGAGUCCGAGUCACGCCGUCUUCCCGCAAAAACAAAACAUCCAACGACCACCUGCAAAUCACGCAGACCAGCCGCAGCACCCGGAAGCCCUCUUACAUCCGGCGCAUCUCCUUGGGCAGCAAGCCGCGCGACGAGAUUGUCCAGAACACUGACGUCUCUCAUUCAGAAGGCUCCAACGUGUCCUCACUUCCGCCCAUAGAUAUCGAAGUCUUGCAGAACGCCAGCGACCUGUCCAGCAACGGCGGGCGCAUUGUGCCACUAACCUCAGACAUCUCUUCUAUGCCCACGGAUAGCAUGCUCGAGGGAGAGCCCAUCAUCAAACCACCGGGCCGCCGUCGAAGCCGCAGCUUGGAAAGGGAAGAGGUCGUUGAGACCAAAGAUACAUCAGACACCCUCAAGGCCCCGACGCGCCAGCGCAGCAGGAGCUUGAGUAAGGAACGCAUAACGCAGCGCGUCAUGGAGAAGCUGCAGCAGAAGCCCGUCGAGGGCAGCACUUCCAGGUCCAAGGAGACCAGGAGCAGCAGGGAGGAGCUCAGCUCGAGCCGCAAGUCGCACCGGAGAACGAGCAGAGGCUCGCGGGAGGAAGAUCUGAGCGCCGUUAGCGGGACUGAGUCUAGCCUCCUAUCCUCCAAUGCCCACCGCCGAUCUGGAGAUACCCAUUCGGUGCGUUCUGGCGUUUCAGGCACUUCUUCGAUCAACAACCCGAAAUUGCUGGCGACAGUUGAAGAUGCUAUCAAGCGUCUGAUCUUGCCCGAACUGAAUGCACUAAAGGAGGAGCAGAACCGUUCAAAGUUCGACCGGCUGUCCCGUGACACUACUGGUACCUAUGAAACCAUAGAAACCACGAGCUCCCGUGACGCUUCUCGGCGACGCGUUUCAAAAUCUUCGAGCGCUCCCCACAUACACGGUAGCAAGCCAAAGGUUGUCCUCAAUCGAGAUGAGAACGAUCCCGGUACCGUCCUCUCUGGAAGUUCAAGCCGCAAGGAACGCCGUUCGAGCCGUGGCUCUACAUCUGACCGCAGCUACGCUGAAUCCGUCGAAGAGAAGGUCCGUCGGAAGAAGAGCAAGGACAAGGACCGCCCGUCCGCGCGCGAUGCCGCCUUGGCCGGGCUUGCUGGAGCCGGUCUCACUGCCGCAGCCCUGAAGCACCACGAUUCUCACGAAGAGAAAGCGGACCGGAAAGAGAGGAGGCGUCGUCAUUCUCGAACCAGCCGAAGCAGGACUGCGAGCAUAUCCGAAAGCGUAGAAGAACAGCGUCUCGAAGAGCAGAAGGAAGAAGUGCCCCCACUGCCCAUCCUCCAGAGCGAGCUGCAGGGGUCUGAGCUGACCAGAGAGUCCAUUCUUUCCGCCGAUACGGAGACACGGGAUCGGCCAAGCUCAAGGUCAUCUCGCGGUACCGGCUCAGAGACUCCAAUUCGAGAAGUCCCCCGUGGUUACGGUUCACCAUCGUCUCGAACUCCUACCCGAACGCCCGUUGCGCUCCAGCGCGGCCUUGGAACAGCUCACAGCAACCGAUCUCAGGGCGAUCUUAGCCUAGCCACACCGAAGAGCGACCGAAGCUUCUCUGCUCGAUCUAGGGAAGUUUCGACUGCCGCGCUUGAAGCAGCCGCCGCAGCUAAGGCUCGUGCAAUCGAAAGCUCUGAGCCCCAACGGCCUCAGUAUGAGAUUGCUGAGGAGACGCCUACUCGCGGUCUCAGCCCGAUUCAGAGUGAGGCUAGUUAUCGGGAGGAACUCCAAGCGACCGGAUCACCGCAUGCUCUUCGCUCCGCUCACAGCGGCGCCUCCGUGUCCUCGGUAGGGCGGAAUCCGGAGCGACCAACAUCCAACUUGUCCCUUCGGUCCUUUGAAUCUUCCCCAAGCACCAAAGCCGCUCGUACGAGGAAGCGUCCUCAAGGUGUCAGCCUUGAGCGCGGAAGAGAGAUCCUCGGAGAGCCGUCCACCCCGCGAGAUGUCGACGAAUUUUUCGCACAGAAUCACGAGCAGAACGAGCUGUACCGGCGGGAACUCGAGGCCAGCCAGCAAGGAUCACCUACCGCGGAUUACCGACGAAUGACAAACUACACCGAUGACAGUGCGGAGGGACAGUAUCUCGACCGCGAGGACAAGCUCUCUAUAAGUCAGGACAUCCGCAAAGUCGGCUCCAACCCUGAAUACGUCUCCACCCCUGUCGCUGUUGAGUCUGCCGUUGCCUCUCUCCACGAGCCCUCCAACAUCAGCGUGCGUUCGUCUGUGUCUAGCCCGUUAAAGAAGAGCCGGUUGUCGCAGGUCAGCUCUAUUCAGGAACAGCAGUCUUUCCACGAAGAGCCGACACUGCAAGAACAUCCCAGUUCAGAGCGCUGGACUGCGAUCCGUGAUCAAGCGCAAACUCUAGCGGAGCAAUCGCAAGGGACAAAUUCGCCAAGACAAAGCACCGCUCGAUCUAUUGAUGAAGCUCCCAGGAUGCAAGCGACAGCGCUACCAACCGAAGGAGAUAUCAUGCCGGAAUUCGGAUACGGCAUCGAUGAUGAGUCUGAGGUUACGACCAAUCCAUCAAUCAUCAAAGGACCGUUGGGAGGAGGCGAAUACCACGACCAAACCGAAGAGCUUCUGAGCAGGCAAGAGGAGCGCGAACUCACUCCAACCCAUGAGUAUGGAAAGGCGGCUGCGCUUGGGGCUGGUGCCGGAGCCGCUGCCAUUGCUGCGGCUGCCGCCGCACGUGUGCGAGACCAGAGUCCGGCUGCGUAUGACGGGCAGCAACAGGCCACCGUAGAAGAUGACUACGACCAAGACUAUGCAGGUGAGCCCCACUACGCGCAGCCCAGUUACUCGAGGGAUCGCACACCAUCGAGGAGCCCGGCCCUGUGGAAGGAUGAGGGUUACCAGUCCGCUAACCAACCCGGAGGAGGCAUCACCCCGGAGAUGCGCAAUCGCUCGAAGCUUUUUGACGAUGAUGGGCUCGGAGACUAUGACGAUACCGGCCUCGGCGGUGCCGACCUCUUCGCCGCCAAUGGGAAGCACACACGUCACUUCAGUGGCAACUCUCAUGGGAUGCCGUCGCCACUGUAUGAUGCUGCGACCGGACGAGGCAUUGAUCGUAUCCAAUCCAAGGAUAUCGUGGCUUUGAUGGAUCAUCUGACUGUUCGCGAUGCGCAACGCAACGCUCGGGACACAGAGAUUCUGGUUACCCUGGUGCGAAGCGCGGCGGAGAUGCGCAACACUUUUGAAGAGAUGAAGCAGUUCAUCCGCGUUCAGGAUGCAAUGGUCAUGAAUAACACAGACAAGAGGGUUGAUCUUGCCGAACAACGCAUCUUAGGCGGCCCCCGUCCACAGCCUCUUGGUUCUCCACGGGCCCCUCGCUCAUCGACCGAUGAUCUCGAUGUCGAGACGAAAAAGAAGAACGUAUUCAAGCGAGCCCUGAAGGGCCUGAGCAUGAAGGGCGACAACGACAUCAAGAAGAUCGAGGCGAUGCUCGUUCAGCUGCUCGGCGAAGUUGAAGGUCUGAAGCAGGUCCACCAGUUGUCAAUGGAGCAGCAGAACCGGUCUAACAGCCUGACCUCAUACGAGAACCUGAGGGCCAGCGGCGGACCCGAAUCGGGCUAUGAGCCAGAGGGACGAGCUAACACUGCUUCAUCGCCAAACCAGUCCGGCUAUCUUUCCAACCCAUCCUCUCGUCGCAUUCAAGACCUGCAUUCUGGAUAUGAUGUCCCGCAGACGCACCGUGUAAGCACCGUGCAGGAAGAUGAUGAGGAGUUCGACGAUCCAGAGCCGCGGUAUGAUAACACGGAGCGUAUGACGACCCCGACACAAGAAGCUCGUCGCCACAACAGUCUCCCGCAGGAGACCCCUCCGCAGGCAUCACGAGCAUUCCAUGAAUCGCAGAGCCAAGAGAACACGCCGAAGCGCAAACACAAGUCCAACUCUUCAUCCAUCUUCGGCAUCCCAAAGAUUUCAAGGUGGUCCAAGACUACAGCUUCGACAAAUCCGGAGAGCCUUCCACGUAACAGCGGGUCAGGAGAGAGGAGGCCGUAUUCUAGCGCUUCCCGGUCCGGAUCACAGGUGAACAUUGCCUACGGCGAUGGACAUUAUGAGCUUGAGGACGAUGACAGGUUGCGUUCCAACACCUCUCUUGCCAGGGACGAGCGCGGCUCGAUUCGGUCUGCCUCGCCUCUCAUCCCUGAGGACCCUGAGGAGCAGUACACCAUGGACGAUCCGAAGUAUCAGGCCCACCGCAAUUCUUUGAAUUUACAGCAUCCUCAGCCACGACCCGGGCCGACCGGCCGUCACCAGACCCAUCUAGAAUCUCAAGCUCGAAUCUUCGAGCCUGUCGCUUCUCCAGACUACGAUCAGUGGGGUAGCAAUCCCUCCCUGGCGCGUAACCGCCUCUCCGGUGGUGCCGCCAGCCAAGGGGCCGGACACUUGUCGCCAAUUUCAUCAGAUGGUGGAUACAGCCAGCACUCAGCUUCCGAGCAACAAGAUGCUCCCCCUCGCCCGCCAAAGAUUCCUGAUGACGGUCCAUUGAUUCCUCCGCAGCAGCCGCUUGCUGGCCACGGGCAAGCGAGGCAGAUGUACAGUUCACCCAACGAGUACGGAGGUCAGGGUACUUUGACGCCGUUGGCGCCUAUCCAAGAGGUGCGCUAUUCUCUAGAGACGGACACGGGACACCGUUACACUCCCACCCCAUCACCCCGUCCCAACAACCAGGGCCUCCACCCCACCGCCGCCAUGGCUAGCCCACAGCGCAAGAUUACCGGGCCUCGACCGAUGGGCAGCAGGAGCCCGAGCGGGCAGCACGGUCUGAGCGGACAGGGUCAGCUAGGCCACUCUGACACGGUUAUCAGGAGGAAGCCGGUCGCUGGUACGUAACUGACUCCGUCCACCUCACUUUUUUUGUAUGCUCGGGUGGAGCUCCGCGAUAAAUGACGCUCUCUGUUUCUUGCCGGCCAGGUAA